AUGACCCAAUUGCUCAACUUUGCGACAUUCGACGUCAUGGCCGAACUCUGCUUCGGUCAGCCCCUCGGUUUGCUGGCAAAGAACGAAUAUAGCCCCUGGGUCAGGUCAAUCUUCGAGUCACUCAAGAUGUUACCCAUUGUCUCCAUCAUCAACUACUACCCCAUCCUGACCGCCAUAUUCAACCGCUUCGAGCCGAAAUCCGUCGUGGAGCAGCGCGUCACUCACUGCAAGCACUCCGAAGACCGCGUCAACCAACGACUGCAGAAUGGCUCUGACCAGCCUAAUGUCUGGAACUUGGUUUAA